AUGGAGUGGCUUGGACAUGCAGAACUCAACUUCACUCAUGCGCCUUCACCUCGAAAGGUGCAAGAGGAAGAUGGCAAUGUUACCGAUCUCUUAUCCAUCUGCGAAAAGGCAACACCGCCAUGCCGGCUGAACCCACUGCUCUUCAAUGGCCACCUGCAGACGAUGUGGACAGCGACCAAACCUGCUGGACCAAAGAUUUACUAUAAGCGCAAGAUUUUUGAUGCUGACCACAAGAUCUACCAUGGAACGUUCGCCGUGGACUUUGCUGUUGAGCCUUUUGAGGCCCCUGAUGACCCUUCAUUGUCUCGACGAACAGCUUACUUCACUCCGGAAGAGUUUGAGCAUAUCGGGUCAGACGACUGCAAGCCCAUGCUUGUUGUCCUGCAUGGUCUUUCAGGCGGUUCUCACGAGAUCUACCUUCGACAUACUAUUGCGCCAUUGAUUGGCGAGGGUGGCUGGGAAGUUUGCGUCGUUAACUCGCGAGGUUGUGCGCGCAGCAAGAUCACCAGUGGUGUCUUGUACAACGCUCGAGCGACAUGGGAUAUUCGUCAGGAGGGGCCCAACUGUGUCCUCAAGGGAGCAGUUGUAUGCAGCAACCCAUUCAAUCUAGAAGUUUCCAGCAAGAUCCUACAGAACAGCUACAUCGGCAAAGAAGUUUAUCUUCGAGUCAUGGGCAGUGCUCUAAAAGAACUCGCUGCCACACAUAGAACCGAGUUGGAAAAGUACAGCAAAAUCGAUGUCAAGGCCGUGAUGAACAUCACGUACCUCUAUGAGUUUGAUCGCCUCAUCCAGUGUCCUUCUUGGGGGUAUCCGACGGAGAGUGCAUACUACCGCGACGCUUCAUCGGUGGAUUCCAUACUUUCCAUUGAGAUUCCUUUCCUGGCUGUCCACUCAACUGAUGACCCGAUUGCUGUCAAGGAAGCUAUUCCCUAUGAAGAAUUCAAACAGAAUCCUAAUACUGUCCUUCUCACCUCUAGCCUGGGAGGACAUCUGUGCUGGUUUGAAACCUCGGGUGAUCGUUGGUUUACAAAACCCGUUGCCAACUUCUUAAACCAUCUUGCUUUCAAGACUGAUCUCAAUGAUCUCAGGCCCCUCGCUAACCCCAACAACAAUGAUCAUUUAGCCGACGGACAUGGCUACAUCCCCAUGCGACGCAAGCUGGUCAUUGUGGAAGACUAA